AUGUUUUCCAAAGACCGCACAUUCCGAAACGAUGACUCCGCCGCUGCAGAAUUAAAAAAAAUGUACGGUAGAUCAUCUAGCAGCUCAAGGCUAGACCAAGAAUGGGAGGCAAGCGCAGCAUGGCUGGCUAGGGAACCUCUGUACGCGCACCCCUGCCAUCUCUGGUCCCUAGCGAACCCCGAUCGAGAGGCUUCCACCACGAUGGAGCAGAAGAGCCGUAUUCCUUAUCCUCCUACCAUGCGGAUUACGCAGGAACAGCCUAUGUAUGAGACGCAAUAUAGACCAGAGGAUGUCGCGGGCAGGCUAGGAGAGACCAAGGCUUUCACUUCACCGCAAGAAACCACGCAAAGGCCCACGCGUCAAGAUUUCGGUUCGGAACUGCCUUCCUGCCCGCCAAUCCUCUCUUGUGGCCGUCCUCAGAUCAGCCUCCCGCGCUUGCGUGAGUUGGAUAUCUUCUCUUCGUUCAGAUUGUCAGCUUCCGCGACCUACUGGCCCCAUACCACCAGAUCUCCUGAGGGCUUUCGUGUAUCCGCCGCCCAAGGGCCCGUGCCUCUGGCGGCCUACAGCGACCAGAGUCCUCCUUCCCUUUCAACGGCGGCCAGGCACUACUGGCAUGGCCCACAAGAGCUGACGGCUGUCCGAGGCUACGGCCCGGACCGGCUUUCCGGAAACCUUCAGUCUCGCGAACCGACGCCACGCCGACACCAUCGACCCCGCCGCCCAAGCAGCCAUCCCCACUGCAACAGACCCUACACCAUAGAGCAGGUCGAUUUCAUUGCAUACUUCCGUGACGAUCUUCGCCUGCUAUGGAGAACCGUGGAGGAAAAGUUUGCCGCCGUCUUCCCCAGAGACGCCAAUCAGGGGCAUAGACGACGGGCAGCAGGCCUUCAAGGCGUCUACUACCGUCAUGGCAAACAGUCCUCCGAGAGACAUUGCCGGAGUCGGGGCCAGAAGACAACCGACUUGAUCGGUCUGCUCGCCACGCACCCUGACCAAGCUAUCAAGUAUUCGUGGGUCUCGCAUGAGGACAGGGACCAUUGUGCGAGCGUCGUCAUGUACUCCCGUACGUCUCUUCCUCUCUCCGUCUGCGUUAACUUGGGAACCCACGUUGCGACCGAGCCUGAUCAUGCUGAGCGCGCAGGGUGUAACAGAUAA